AUGAAUCGCAAGCCAGGCUUUGCUCUCCUGAUCCUUCUAUGUGCGUUGCUCCACGCUCAGUGCUUGUGGGAUGAUCGCGCAUCGAUUCAACAUUCCACGUGUCGUCGAGCCCUUGCUGAGCAUCUUGUGAUACGAGGAGGCAAGAGCGGAGUUUCUGGUUUCAAAAAGUCCAAGUUGAGUUUGCGCGAAGAAAAGCGACGAGAAAGAAUCGCGAGAGGGAGGAGACUGGAGAAAGCCGAGGGGAGGAACCAGAGGCAGGCAUCGAGGAAGGAUCAGAGCUCGAAAAGGAGCAAGUGGAGCACAGAGCGGGCGCUGAAGCAGGCCAAACGGAGGGCAGAAAGAAAGCGCCAACGGAUUGAGAGUGCCAAAACCGCAGCCUCGCCUUCUGAAACCGCAGCCUCGCCUUCAAAGUCCCCGACUGUUGCAAAGAAAUCGUCACGGGAGGAGAAGGAUGCCGGCGAGGACCUUGUGAUAUUAGAUGAGCACGGACGGAAGAUUUCUUCAAAACUGCCAAAGCUAAUCUACGCGUCUGACGUGGUGCCGGGGGCCGAAAUGAAAGACGAAGGAUUUCAUAGCAAGUUGAAGCCAGUUGUCGAUGCCGACGGAAAUAUCUACUUUGAGGAUUAUCGCUCUCCUGAAGAGCUGAAGAAGGGAAAGGAGGAGCUUGAGAGAUGGCUCGAACUGAACGACGAUAAGUUGGAGGUGAAAUCGAAGAAGUCCGGCAAGAAGAAAGUGGGAAAGGACGAACCAAGGGGUAUUGCUAAGACGACAAAAAGCCUUCCAUUGAAGAAGGACAGUAUAAUUGAAGGCCUGAAAUCAGAAAUCUCCAAUUUGGAAAGCAAAAUUAAGAAGAAGAGCUAUGGUCCUAAAAAGGACUUCUCCACGAAAGAGUGCGCAACCUUAGCUCUUGAAGACGUGGCUGACUUCCAGAUGUACGUAGAAAGCAGCAAGCAGACUUUGAGUCGUUCAGCUUCUACUCAGCUUCAAACGCAUGAAGUAGAGAAGUCAAAUGUAACGACCGCAACACCAUCGGCCGAAAAAUCGUUUGGCGCUGUCGAUUCCUUCCUCCAGAGGCUGCAGAGUUAUACCCCUGACAAGCCUCUGGCUCAAAUAGACAUUGAGCAGCUCAAACGAGCAGAGGAAGAGAGAAGAAAAGUCGAGGAGGCUCGAGAGAAAGAGCCUUCCAGAUUAUAUGCGGACAGUGAAGAAAGCAGUGCAGUCCCAACAUUUGAGGAGCAGAUGGGUCCCUGCAACGAAUAUGGAGAUUUUCUUCACAUCAAACCUUUCAACAAGACCGUUUACCGACUUUUGCCGCCGAUGGAAAGAUUGUUCAAAGGACACACAGAGGAAAUCACCUUCACUAUUCGGGAUCCUGCCGAGCAAGGCCUCGAUCCUCUGAGCUGUUUUGCCGACGAGAUUCUUCCCUUAUGCAGGCCUCGAAUUUCACCCCAGGGAGACUCGGAGGAAGAUUGGUCUACCAAUAUGCAAACGUCGGCACAAACUCCUGCUGAACGAGACGAAUCCAAACCAUCGAGAGUGUCUCCGGCUCAGAACAGGGAAAAGCAAGAAACGAUUCUACCAGGUUUUUCAUUCGAGAAGCCCAAGCCCGGCGACAUUCUUAUCACAAAAGGAGGAGCCCAGUCCCUGGUAGACGCAGUGAACAACGCUGAAACUCAAAAUACAAGCAAGAGGAUCUUCUUGGUCAUGCUGUUCGCAAAGAAGGGCGCAACGCUCAUCGUCCCUAUCCUGGUGGCACCAGAAGCUGACUGGACGCGAGGAGGGCAGAUGCGCUCAGUCUCAAUGCUGCUGGUUGGGAGGAUCGAGUGGACGUUCCUCAACUGUGAGCUCAUGGCCAAGAAGCGAGACGUGCUCAAGGUCAGAAGCAACGUCACGGUCAACGCGCACGUCUGCUUCCUCGGGGGCUACAAGCAGGAGGCGGCGGAAGGGUGCACUCGGUGUGUUGCGGUCGAGGGAGGAGGAGUAGAGGGUCAGCAAGCGAGGCUCUCCAUGACCGGCUGCUCCCUUGCGUUUGGCAAGACAGGGAUCGUCACUGGGGGGAACGCCAAGGUGUCGAUGAAGCACUCUAGCGUACAGAACUUCAACCUUGGGUGCCAGAUGCUGGACGCUGCUCAGAUGGCAGUGACCAACUCUACCUUCAAAGCAAUAAAGGACGCGGCAUUCAGUAUGGAGCUCAUGUCUUUGAAAGAUCCAGUAGUUCUGACAUUUCGAUACCAGGGGCGUGCGGUGGUCAACCCCUGA